CCUCACUGUGGGUUCCCUUUGCAGGACUCCUUGCUUGUGUGGAAGAUGUCCUGCUCCAGCCUGUGUGCCCCUGCCUGUGGGGUGGCCGCCCCGGCCCCACUGGCUGACAGCUACAACGAGCCCUGCGUGCGCCAGUGCCCCGACUCCACCGUGGUGAUCCAACCCCCGGCCACCGUGGUCACCUUCCCCGGGCCCAUCCUCAGCUCCUUCCCGCAGAGCUCCGUGGUUGGCUCAGCAGGAGUGCCCGCCGUUGGAUCUGGCUUG